AUUAUUGCACGCAGUGAAUUCCAAACAGGCGUGUUUUUAUUUUAGAUUCAGCAUGCAGCUAAAAUAUUUAAUUUUCUAUUUGGCCUGCUUGCCACUGAUUGCUGCACACGCUUCACCCAAGCUCACAGGACCUGCCAAAAUGUUGGCUUUGGAUGCAGCCAUUGCAAAAAUAUCCUCAAUCUAUAUCAAAGUGCUCCUAGCUGGCAAUCAUACGCCCGAGUUGGAGCUCUCGUUGCGUGGGCUGGAGCUGGAGCUAUACGAGCUGCUCGAUCAGUUGUAUAAGCAGCAGCAUCUCAAGGAUUAUAUGAAAUAUGAAGCGGAAGUGACGCGACAAUUGCUUAUCUAUAGCAUGCUCAAGCGACUGCUUAAUAUCAAAUCAAAUUGAUUUGCAUCCUUUCGAACGGAAGUGCAUGAAUUUCUUCAUUUAAUUUACUUCCGCCGCGGCGGUGGCUUCCGUGGCGCAAUCAAUGUCCUUUGCGUGUGGCAGUCGAGCGACAUCACCUUUGGCCACGCCCCCCUUCAUACAGAAUUCCCACACUAAAUCACGGCUCCUGCGCUUCAGUCGCCGCUGCUGCUGUUAUCCGAUCUGUUGUGAGAAAA